UUUACAAGCACAGUUGAUGUGAGUGUGAGAGAGAGAGAGAGAGAGAGAGAAUGGGUGAAGAAGAGGAUCGGCAGAGGGUGAAGAGGAUAGCGGCGGCGGCGUACGACUACGACAGCGAUCCGAGAUGGGCGGAGUACUGGUCCAACAUAUUUAUUCCCCCCCACAUGGCCGCCCGCUCCGACAUCGUCGACCACUUCAAGCGCAAAUUCUACCAGCGUUACAUUGAUCCUGAUCUUGUAGUUGAGGCAAUGGCUCCAAGCGGUUCCUCUCAGGCAGCAAGGCCGACAGUAUCUUCAUCUGCAACUCCAAAUAACCAAGCACGACCUCGUAACUCUGGAUCAACUACUAGAACAUCUGGGUCAUCAUCAACUGCAACUCCGCCACCAACUUCUCUGCGUUGGGAUUGGCAAACCAUUCAAUUUUCUGUCAAUGCCUGGGUAUUUGUGGUGGCCGUGCUUGCAAUAACUCCUCUUGUACCUAGAAAUCUAUCAAAUAGGGCAUACCGGCUUUCCUUUAUGGGAACUGCAUUUUCUUCAGUGUACUCCUUGUAUUCUCUAUAUGGGAAACCUAGGGCAUGGAAUUUGCAGGCAGUUCAAUUGUGGUUCCAGUCUGUGAUUGCCACCAAGGAUUUUAUUUACUUUGUUUACUGCCUUACCUUUGUCACUUCCCAUCUUUAUCUCAAAUUUGCUUUGAUUCCCAUUUUGUGCCGAUCUCUAGAGCUUGUUGCCAAGUUCCUUAGACGUAAUUUCAGUCGUUCUUCUUUGUACAGGAAGUACUUGGAACAGCUAUGUGUCUGGGUAGAAUCAAACACAACUACGCUCAAUAUUCUUUCAUCUCAGACAGAGAUUGGACUUGGGCUUCUUCUAAUUCUUUCUCUGUUCUCGUGGCAACGCAACAUAAUCCAGACAUUUAUGUACUGGCAGCUGUUAAAGCUCAUGUAUCAUGCCCCCAUGUCUGCUGGUUAUCAUCAAAGUACAUGGGCUAAGAUCGGGAGGACUGUUCUCCCACUCAUCCACCGUUAUGCGCCAUUCCUUAACACUCCAAUUUCUGCUGUUCAGAGGUGGUGGUUCCGGUGAAAAUCUUGGAGAGAACAAACAGGAAAAACAAGUAUCUGAUACAGCAUCAUGCAGGCUUCAUAGGCAGUGUCAGAAUUUUGUUUAUUUCACUAAUUAGCUUUCUUGACUACAAUUUGCUGAUUAGCCCUCUACUACCAAUCUUUCGAAACACAAAAAUGUCACCUAUCUUGAUAUACACACACUGGGGUCGAUCCAAGAGGCCUCUCCUCUCUUGAUUGUAUGUUGACAUUGAAUUGUCACAGAAUACAUGUCUCAGUAUUUUUUGUGGUUUCCAGACAUUUAAUUGAUCCUGGAGGUCCAGGCUUGGUUGUUUUGAUCAUUUUCUGGUCAUUGUGUUGUUGCUGCUUCUGCAUCUGUAUCCAUUGUAGUGAAGCCAGGGUGUGGAAGUUCUGAUUCUAAACUCAAUGAGAUAAAACUGUCUUUUUGGACCA